AUGUCCUCGCUGCCCCGUGGCUUCGAGCCCCAAGCUCUCAAGGACUUGGGGCAGCGGAGUUUGGCGGAGCUGCGGGAGAUGUUGAAGCGCCAGGAGAGACUUUUGCGCAACGAAAAAUUCAUUUGCAAAUUGCCCGACAAAGGUAAAAAGAUCUUAGACUGUCUUGCCAAACUGAAAGCAGCCAUUGCAGAACAUGAAGAGUUUAGAGGAAAAAGUGAACUGUUUCAUCCUGUUAGAUUAGACUGUAAGCUAAGGCAAAAAGUGAUUGCAGGAGUUGAUGUGGACACAGAUAAUGCCCAAAAUUCUGAUCAGAUACUUGAUACUUCAUUACUAGUUCCUGGCUGUUCCUCUGUAGAUAACAUCGAAUCAUCUAAAACAACCUCACAGAAACAGGGAAUUGCACACCUCACUUACAAAAGCGAUGAAGAGAUUUCAGAGGCAAAGUGCACAGUGAACAAGUGCCCAGGUUCCAGCAGCAGAGCCGGUGCAGCUUUCUCAUCUAAAGCCAGCAAGCGUCUUCCUCAGCAUCGUGUUUCAGGUCAAGCAGAAGAUAUAUCCAGCAGCUCUGACAGCCUGUUUAUUGAUAGGUUACAGAAGAUCACCAUUGCAGACCAAGGUGAACACCACUCAGAAGAAAAUGCAAGUACUGCUAACUUGACAGGCCUCCAUAGUGAGACUCGGAAGAAGCCCCAUUACGUGGAAGUGCUAGAAAUGCGAGCCAAAAAUCCAGUGCCCCCACCACAUAAAUUUAAAACAAAUGUAUUACCUUUGCAACAAAAUGAUUUACCUAGUCACUGUCAGAGAAGAGGGUCUCCUAUUUCGUCAGAAGAAAGGCGGCAAAGGGAUAAGAAACAUCUUGAUGACAUCACGGCAGCUCGGCUUCUGCCACUUCACCAUAUGCCUACACAGCUGCUCUCCAUAGAAGAAUCCUUGGCACUUCAGAAGCAGCAGAAACAGAAUUAUGAGGAGAUGCAAGCCAAACUUGCAGCACAAAAAUUAGCUGAAAGACUCAAUAUUAAAAUGCAGAGCUAUAAUCCAGAAGGUGAGACUUCAGGGAAAUACCGAGAAGUAAGGGAUGAAGGUGAUGAUCAGUCCUCCACUGAUGAUGAAUUUUGAAGAUGAGCACUGGAAUAUUCUCUUCAUUCUCUCACUGUUGAGUGUCAUCUUACAUCAGACUGUCUAAUAUCAAGUUUGGUGUCAGACAUUAAGAAAAGAAAAUUGUUG